GUGUUGCCGGUGCACUUUUUCACCAUUGGUGGCGGUGUUGUUUGUGCUCUAUAUCUGUUGACGAUGGCGUCUUACAAGGACACAAGUUUAUCCCAGUAUUCCCAAGCAGAUAUUUCGCCCAGUGAAAAAGCUCCAAUAUACAUUUCCCCAACACGAACUGACUUACAAAAACAGAAAAUGCCUGAAGCUAAACCAAAACUGUUGGAGGAAUAGAUAGUGAAGAGCAUUGGUCCAUUAUGAGUGCUUUUGGUUGUUUAUUUUAUUUUUCUCAACUCAAAAUUAAACCGGUACAUAAAGACUUUUCAAGACUGAUAUUCUAUGAUAAAUAUUACCUCAUGUUAUAUUUUGGCAUUGACAUGAAUUUAUCUUUUGAGUUUUAUUUUAUAUUUCAAAAAGCUUAAAAUUAGGAUUUGAAUGUGUGAAAGUUAAAAGAACAACAUUUAUAAGAUUUUUGAAAGGUUUUGUUGAAAACAGACUUGAUGAAUAAAUAUUUGUAAAAA